GGAGUGGUUAUCCAACUCAUCUACUCGAUAGUAGCAGUUUAUGUCUCUUCAGAAGAAUCCGGGGAAGAAAAAUCCGAGGCGGAAAAAGUUAAUGAGCAUUUUCGGUUGCCCCCACAUACGAGAGGCUUGCUGUAUCCCCAAGAUUCCGAGACCCGUGAGUUGCACACGCUGGAUGGAAUAUGGAAAAUGGUAAAAGCUUCGUCUGCGCGACCAAAGGAAGGGUAUCAGCAAAAAUGGUACGAAAAGGGCAUCAUCCAUUCCGGUCGGAAGGUACUGUCCAUGGCUGUACCUGCGUCUUACAACGACAUAACUGUAAGCCAAUCACUGCGCUACCAUGUGGGAGCCGUGUGGUACGAGCGUAACUUUUUUGUGCCCGGCUCCUGGGGGCGGAGGCGCCGCACAUGGCUGCGCUUCGGGAGUGUUCACUACAAGGCUGAGGUGUGGAUUAAUGGGGAGCCCGCCAUGAGCCACAACUCUGGGAGUUUGCCCUUUGAGAUGGAGGUGGGCAACUAUGUAAACUUCGGAGCUACGAACCGGUUGACAGUGAUGUGUGACAACCGGCAGGGAGGCUACACCAUACCUCAGGGGAAUAACCACGAAGCAGAGGGAAAUCGGACCAAAGAGAGAUACACAUUUGAGAUGUAUAACGCGGGCAUUUACCGAUCCGUCCACCUCUACAGCACACCCCGCAUUUAUAUCAGUGACAUCGACGUGGACACUGAGUAUUUUUCAUCGGAACAGUUGGGGGUGGUCAGGUACCGCCUGUUUCUAGACGGAGAUUUCUAUGGGAAAAGCCGAAAUAGAGCCUAUUAUAUCCACGUUCAGCUUCAGAACCAGGAGAGCCAGGUGGUGGCGGCACAGAUCAACCGACAUCCGUUCAGGGGAAGUCUUCAGGUACACAAUGUACGAGCUUGGUGGCCUUUUCUCAUGAAUCCCCAGCCAGGCUACCUAUACAGGUUGCAGGUGGAGCUGCACAAGGGAGCUUACAAAGGCGAGGAGUCCAUAGACGACGAAAUCCUAGAUAUCUACCGGUUGCCGGUGGGUAUUCGUAGCCUAAUGUGGAACAAUGAUAGUUUGCUUCUAAAUGGGAAAAAUUUAUACCUAAGAGGAUUUGGUAGACACGAGGAUUUCGAGACUCGAGGCCGAGGUCUUGACUAUCCUAUGAUGCUAAGAGAUUUCAAUCUAUUGAAGUGGAUAGGAGCAAAUGCCUACCACACGACCCACUACCCCUAUUCCGAGGAGUUCAUGCAGUUUGCUGACGAAUGUGGCAUCAUGAUUAUUGACGAAUACUCAGCAGUGGAUAUAGAUGCAAACUUUCUUAAUCGCCACCUUCUGGAGAACCACAUGUCCGUGUUGGAGCAACUUAUUCAUAGAGAUAAAAAUCACCCGAGUGUUAUAGCCUGGUCGGUGGCCAACGAGCCAUAUAGCUCUUCGGGGUAUGGAUCUGCUAAAUACUUUCAAUCUUUAAUGUGGUACAUUCGAAAAAUAGCUCAGGGUCGGCCUCUGACAGCUGCUAUUUCCAGACCUUUUCAUGAUGACAAAAAAAAUAAUCUCGCUGAGCUCCUAGACAUUGUGGGCUUUAAUAGGUACAAUAGCUGGUAUCGGGAUACAAGAAGUUUGGAAGGGAUUACUGGGGCGGUUACUGAGGAGGCUCUGCACUGGCGAAAAGAAACCGGGAAACCAAUUAUAAUAAUGGAGUAUGGAGCAAAUGCGAUAAAUAACUAUCGAUCGCUUCCUUUGGUUGUCGGCUCCCCGAACUAUCAGCGCCAGCUGUACUCCCGGCAUUUUCUGGCAUUCGACACGUUACGCCAGAAAAAGUGGUUCAUUGGAGAGAUUGUUUGGAACUUUGCUGAUUUUCAGACAGCUCAGACUGUUUCAAGAGUUGGUGGUGACCGGAAUGGAAUAUUUUCCCGGAACAGGCAGCCUAAGGAGAUGGCCUAUGUUCUGAGGAGAAGAUAUUACGCACUGUCUCGCCAUCUGGACAAGGCAAUGGUGCCUAGGGCUCACGAGGAAAGAAAAAUGGAUUGGAUGGUGACUUUUCUUAAAAAUGUAUCCACAGAUUCAUCCUCCAGUUUGGAGUGAUUAAAAAAUAUAUUUCUAUGUGUAUUUAUUUACCAAA